CCGCACGUCUCUUAUUUAAACGUCACCAUCUGUCAACAGAGAUUUUUUCUUUGACGAAAAGUUGCUAACGAAGUAAAAUUAACGAACAAUCACUGAUUAAAAAAUGAUAGCAAAGAAAAUAACGGAUUUUAAUUGUAAAUAAGUCUGAUCAACAAUUUAGUUAGGUUAUAAUUGAUGUUUAAUAUUAUUAAUUAAGUAAAAGGAUUCAAAAUCGCGUGUAAAAUGAAGGUGAAUAUGAAUAAAUUCGCUUCCAAUGUUUUAAGGAUUAUUUUGGUGUGCGUUACCUAUUUUACCAUAGUAAGGGCUGAUUUUGAACCUAAGGAGGAUGUGGAAUCAAACACUACAUCGAAUUUGGGAGAUGUCAGCGGGACCUCUGGAAAACUUAACAUAGUGGAAAGUGUGGGUUUUCUGCACGCAUUUGCAGCUAGUUUUAGUGUAAUCUUGGUCUCGGAGAUAGGAGACAAAACAUUUUUUAUAGCGGCUAUCAUGGCUAUGAGGCAUCCUAGAUUGACUGUUUUUCUUGGUGCAAUAUCAGCUCUGGCGCUGAUGACUGUAUUAUCAGCCUUAUUUGGUUGGCUAGCAAAUGUUAUCCCAAAAGCCUACACUUUUUACAUCAGUACGGCCCUGUUUGCGAUUUUCGGCCUGAAAAUGCUCAAAGAGGGAUGUUCAAUGUCCCCCGAUGAGGGCCAUGAGGAAUUCGAAGAAGUACAAACCGACUUGAGGAAAAAAGACGAAGAAUACGAAAAACAGGCCAUGUUGCCGGACCCGGAAUCGGGAGGUUCCAGGAAAACGAAAACGGACAGCGUUUUUUCCGCCGUUUCCAGGAUUUUAUUGCAAUCCUUCACCCUGACGUUUUUGGCUGAGUGGGGGGACAGAUCGCAGCUCACCACUAUUAUUUUGGGCGCCAGAGAGGAUGUUUAUGGGGUAAUUAUUGGAGGUAUUUUGGGACAUUCGAUAUGUACCGGAUUGGCAGUAAUCGGUGGUAGAAUGAUAGCCCAGAAAAUAUCAGUAAAAACAGUGACAAUAAUUGGUGGUAUUGUUUUCCUAUUAUUUGCAUUCUCUGCCUUAUUUUUCGACCCCAAUGCAGAGUAAUAAACCAUAUUUCAUACACCACUAGAAGAAAAACAAUCUGUAAAUAUAUUAUGAAAUAUCCAUGUAAAUCUUUUAAUCAUGUCACUUUCGUCCGCAUUAUUUUUAAGUAUUAUUAUGAAACUGUUAUUUUUAAGAGAAAACUUUGCCAUAGAAUGUCUUAAAUUUGCGUUUUUUUAUUGUUUGUGCAAAAAAUCAAGGUCCAACCGCUUCUGUGACGUCAUCUAGUUAAAGAGUUGUUGAAAGACCUAUUAUUGUAGGGACCUUGGUUUUUAGAUUCUAGAUUGUCGGUAUACUUUUGUUUGUCUAUUUUUUUAACUGCUAUAUUUACCCGGUAAAUUAUUUAUAUCUCUGUGAUAUAUAUUUUUGUAAAUAUUAAUUGGAUAAAUCAAUAAAAAAUGAACACAAUAGGGUGAUUUUUAAAGAAACCAGGAAAAAAUGGCUGUUUUGUUGGUUAUUCUUAUAAAAUUACCCUAUAAA